GAAGGGGAGGGCCGCGCGGCCCAGGCGCCCGCCCCGCUGUGGCGCCCCGGCUUCGGGUCUCGGCCGCCCGGCCUGCCCCUCCCGUUACACCCGGGGGAAGGUGUUCCCGAGACCGCUCCCAGCCUCUCCCCGCCUCCUCGGCUCCAGCCCCCGCCGGCGGAGCUCCACUAUGCCAGACAGUUUCGACACUUUGCAAAGACAAAGACCAGAGGGAGGAGGAAGAGGAGGAAGAGGAGGAGAGAGAGAAGGAAGGGGAGAUGUGAGCUGGGAAGGGGGCGAGUGUUUGGGACACUCUCCGAAGCCCCUCUUCCCCAAAUCCCCGGAAAUUCCAGCGUGUCCCCCGCCGCGCUGGUGUCAUUUUCAGCCUCAGCCUCAGCCCUUCUGACCUGGAAGUGCCAACGGAAGUCAUGAGCUUCGCCAGGGGCUGUGGCGGGUGGCAGCUCUGAGCUUUGCGGCCAGGACAGUUCCACGUGGGGACCAGAGAUGGGCCAUCCCUUGACCUACUGAGAUGAAGAAACGGAGGCUCAGAGAGGUUAAGGCACUGCCCCAACAUCACACAGCUGAUGACAGACAGCCCUCAGUGCCUUCAUCCAGCCUACUUCCUCCCCGCCACCUCUCUGGUGACAGCGUGGUCAGGCGGUUCUAGUUAAGGAUCAUCACACACCAUCCGUUCCAGAGGACAGUGACAAAGACAGCUUCCUUCUGUCCUGCACCGUGGACCUUCCUUCCAGGUCCUCGCCCUCGAGGGACCUGACAUCAUCACAAAGAUUAAUUACCCCUCAACGCUUUUGGAUGGGAAAGGAGAUCACUGGUAUUAAGUUUGAUUAGCACUCCAUCAGGAGACAGUGUCGGCGGCUUGAGGACUGGUGACGAGGUGGGCUUCUUUAUUUCUGGAAGAGACAAAUUUUGUGCGAGAAGAGUCAUCCCACCCUGAAUGGUCCACGUAACCUCUGAGUGUCACAGGGUGAUGUCUGGUGCACCGAGGUGGCCGUCAACGAGCGGAAGGGAAGUUGGCUGUAGCCGGGCUUGAGACCCCUCUGGGAAGCCUCGCCUUGCCUUGGGAUCGAACCUCCGUCUCUGGGGUUUUUCCUCCCAAGUUCCUCCUCAGUAAGGCGUGAUUUCCACCCACCCACCCCUGGGAGUCCUCCUCAGGACAGCAGAAAUGGCGACUGUAAGGAGGAGGACCCUCAAAGCGCUUGCCGGCCUGAUCGUCUUCAUCUUCUUCACCUCCUUCGUCCUGAAUUACUCCCACAUUGCGGUGACCACCACCUGGUCCCCCAAGCAGAUGGUCAUCGAGCUCUCGGAGAACUUCAAGAAGCUGAUGACCUACUCUCACAGGCCCUGCACCUGCGCCCACUGCCUCAGCCAGCGCGGGGUCUCGCCCUGGUUCGACGAGCGGUUCAACUGGUCCAUGCAACCGCUGCUGACGGCACAGAACGCGGUCUUGGAGGACGACACCUACAGCUGGUGGCUGAGGCUGCAGCGCGAGAAGCGCCCCAGCGACUUGAAUGACACCGUCAAGAUGCUUUUCCAAGUGGUGCCUGGGCACGUGGACCCCCUGCUGGAGAAGAAGCCGUGGGGCUGCCGGCGCUGCGCCGUCGUGGGCAACUCGGGCAACCUGAGGGAGUCCUCGUACGGCUCUCAGAUAGACAACCAUGACUUCGUGCUGAGGAUGAACAAGGCCCCCACGGCGGGCUUUGAGGUCGACGUGGGGAGCAAGACCACCCACCAUCUCCUGUAUCCCGAAAGCUUCAGGGAGCUGGCUGAGAACGUCAGCAUGGUCCUGGUCCCCUUCAAGACCCUUGACCUGGAGUGGGUGGUCAGCGCCACCACUACGGGCACCAUCUCCCACACGUACGUGCCUGUCCCUGCGAAGAUCAAAGUGAAGAAGGACCGGAUCCUGAUAUACCACCCGGCCUUCAUCAAGUACGUCUUCGACAGCUGGCUGCAAGGCCACGGGCGGUACCCGUCCACCGGCAUCCUCUCGGUCAUCUUCUCCCUGCACAUCUGUGAUGAGGUGGACUUGUACGGCUUCGGGGCGGACAGCAAAGGAAACUGGCACCAUUACUGGGAGAACAACCCAUCGGCGGGGGCUUUCCGCAAGACCGGGGUGCACGAUGGGGACUUUGAGUCUGUCGUGACAGCUACCUUGGCGUCCAUCAACAAAAUCCGGAUCUUCAAGGGGAGAUGACGCCGUGAAGGGUUACGGACGGAUACGCAGAGCAUGCCUCUCACGUCGGCCCCAGCUUCCAGCCAGAGCUGUUCUGCUCCGUCCCGGGGGCUUCCCAGGCCAUCCUCUGGGGUGCGCCCAGGUGCCCCUGGAGCCUCUUGCACCCCAGCACCUGGCAGCAUCUACUCAGUAAGGUCACCCAGCACUGCUGGGACUGCAGGGCGAGUCUCAGAAGCUGCGAGGGGCGGGGAGACCUCUCAGUGCUUCGGAAGAUCGGGGGACAGACCCUGAAGACUCCCCUGUUUUAAAAGGAAGGACCGUUUCCCUGGGAGGAUGGGCAGAGGCCUUCCCCUGCCGGGGGGCCACCGGGGCUGAUGCCCAGGCUCCGAUUCUCACUGGGAUGUUUCUGAGUGAGGAUGGUCUCUGGGACAGAGCCACGUGGGCCAUGUGCCACCGGGGGCGAGAUGACCCCUUCCUUGCACAAUGCCUGGCCUCUCUCUCACUUGGCGUGACAACUGCAUCUCCCCACCCUGAAGGUCUACAUCCUUGGCGAGGUGUUUCUGGCUCCAGCUGAUGUCUUCUUUCCACGCCGAUGUUCUCUUGAGUAAUCAAUCUGUCGUCAACAUUAUGGCUGAGAGCAGAUCUGACUACCUCCAUGUGCCUUUGUAUUUGGGGGAGAAUGGCAUGUGUUAGCUGAAAUGAGGCAAACACCCCAACUCGGGAAAGGGGACCCCUGGCAACCACCCCCCUUGCUCUUAGCUGGGGACAUCUUUUCUCAUUUCCUGAGCCAGCCCCUGAGUCGGGUCAAAGCUCAGAAGCCACGGAACACCAUUCCUUUUUUCCACAGGCUGUUGGAUGGGGCGCCCGUUGCCUUCCAAGCCCACAGGGAAGGUCUCCCCCCGCCUGCAUCUGCCCCAAGGGCCCGCGCUCUGGGCAGUCCCCGCUGGCCAGCUGCACGGCGUCCUGGGGGGGGGCCCUUCCUGGGGGUGUGACCAUCAGAGCAGGGGAAGUCAUACCUCAUUCUCACUCUCCUUCUUUGUCACCCUUCCUGAUUAUUUAUUGAUUUUUUUUUUCUUUUGUUACAUUCAGCUGACAUCGUGUGCACUUUCUGGCUCUAUUGCUGCCCUGGGGUUUUAAGUGAGCUUUCUCCGGCUCCAGCCAGCAGCCGGGGAGCGGGGAGCUUAUCGUAUGCUCUGUUGGAACCCUCAGACUUGGGUGUCGGGGGUACGUAGGGUUUGGGGGCUCGCUGGUGGGGAAUCCCUGGGGCGCCAGGUCGGUGGGUUUGUGGAGUGUCCUGUGCUCCUUCUCUCCCAGCCCCACCUCCUCUUUCCUCAUUGGGACCUUGGGUCCAGCCUCAGGCCAGGGCUCUUCAAAACCUCUCAGGGGCCCAGGCCCAGGCGGAAAGGGGUGAUUGGCUCAAGUUACUGACAUUUCAUCCGAAAAGCCAUGUUUUCCUGUUGAGAGCAUUUCCCAGAAGGCCACGGCUUCCCUGAGGAGGUGUGACAGGGUCCUUCCUGGUGGCUAGCGUCAAAACCAAGGGGCCUGCCUCCUCCGCUCCCUGAAGUGCUCUGGCCAGCCCUGCCCUCCUAGCCUCCCUUUCUCCUGCAAAUGGGGAGAGAGGAAUUGUGGGAGCUCAGAGGCCGCAGAUGGUGUCAGGCAAUCCAUGAGAGUCCCCAGAAAUGGCAUGCCACAUUUUUUUUCCGAGUCUAUACAGAUAAGCACUUUCCUGGGGAAAAGUUUCAUAGCGUUGAUUCGAUUUUCAAAGAUUCAGAAUCCAGGAAGGGUUUUAAAAAAAGAAAAAACCUGCCCUAGCGUUAAAACCCUCCAAAACUUAAGACUCUCUUGCCUGAAAAAGGCUCAUAAAUCGCCCAAGGACAGGCCAUCAUAGGGCUUGCUCACAGCGGUACUUGACAAGAGACGAGAGGAACUCGGUGAGCGGCUGGUGGCUGGCUGAUCAAUCCCGGGGACAGACCUUAAGAAAACAGUCACUGGGACGGAGCAGUGUGGCCUGGCUCCUGAGCUCUCUCGCCUUCUCCUGCAAGCCGAGUCUGCUCAGGCAUGUCAUGUUCAGGACAAGGAACCUGCUUCUUUGGGCUUUGCUGGGCCAGAGCAGGUCCCCAAAGGAAGGCCAUGUCCCCCACUGAGCCGCACUCUGCCUGGGUCUGCCGCCGGCUCCCUGUCCCAUCCCCCUCCUUCCCGUGAGCCUGCCCAAGCUGCAGGACUUCUUUCAGCCCUUGGAAUCUGGCUCUCCCCAGUUUACAGAUGAGAACAGCAAAGCCCACAGAAGGGAUGUGACUUGCAAGAGUGAACUGAUUGUGACAGAUAGCACAACCCAAACAUUGUGAGCAAAAGAAGGACGUAACCGACCCCACGUUAGAACGUCCCAGGGUGGGCUUCCCCAGCGAGGCUCAUCCCUCCCGUGUCUCAAGGCGCUGUCCCCGGGGCUGGCCACCGGCUGCCUCCUCUGGCUGCCACGGCAGCUGCGGCAAGCUGUAGUCCCUGCCUCCUCAACGCCCCCCUCCCGGGGAGGGGACAGCUGUGCGCUGCCAUAGCUGCAGCUAUGACACCUCCUUGUGACUUACCUACUUAGUAAAGGGGACUUAACCAACAUAAACGCCAGUCAUCGUGGCCAGAAUUACAAGUAAAUGCAUUGAUUGGCUUAAGCCAAGGGGACCCAUGCGGAGGGUAAGAGCAGCUGAGGGUUGGGCCCGAGUGUUUUCCUGCAAGGCAUUUGGCAGUGCUGUGGGCAGGAGGACAAGAAACAGCCGGGGUGGGGGCGGGGACUGUGACAUGUCUUCUCCCUCCCCUUGUGGUUGGGCUGCCUGGGGCACAGGGUUCGUCUGUGGUCCACCCAGCAGGCAGAGAGCUCUUUGGAGGCCAGCCCGGGGCCCAGAUGGGGAACAGAGGUGCCCGUGCCUGCAGCAAACAAGGCUGAGCCUGGAGCCAAGAAAGGGGUGCUGAUGAGCAGCGCCCUAGCCAUCAGCCUCCCGUGGUCCCCUCCACGCCCUCAGGGAGCCAGGAGCCAGAGCCACCUGCCACAGAAUUGACGCCUGUAUACCCAUGUCCCUGGACCCCCUGCCUCCACCCGCCCUUUGGGGAAGAAAGGAGGCAGGUUGGCAGCCUCUGGCUCCUGGAGCGACCUGGGGCUGAGUGGCGAGUUCGCACACUGAGGCUUUGGGAACCCUCAGGCACUGCCCAGAAGCCACGUGGGCUGGGCUUCGUGGGAGAAACCAGCUGAAAGAAAAGAUACACCACAGGCAGGCCAGACACAGCGGCGGGGACGUCUGCCGUGGCCUCAGUGCGCGCUGAGCCUUGGGGUCAGCGGUCGGAUCGGUUCAAAACAUGAGAACUGACGUUUGCUUUCCCGAUGCCCUUCAAGGCAGCCUGAACCCAGAGAAAAUGAAACUCAGGAAAGAGUCGCCGAACCUCUCUGAGCCGCACCUGCCUCACCUGUCACCCACGGUCCCUCACCUGGUUGUCUGGGAACCCACGGCCCGAGGGGCUGCUGUCUGGCGUGAGAUGGCCGGAUGCUGGCGACGUGCCAUCCAGACUUGACACUGUCCUCUCCCCCCAAAGAGCUUGAACUUCUGGGUUUGCAGCCACUGGGCCACAGGCCACCAGCAGUUCAUCCUCUCCUGGCGCCCGGGCUGGCCAGUGUUGAGAAAGACUUUUCCUCCUCUCGUUUGUCAUGAAAACACCAGCUCCUGCCCCCGGGGUGCUGCCUGGCACCUCUGCGGGGAAAGGAAGGGGGUUUAGGAGGAACCGCAGAGAUGGGCAGAGCGCAUCAUACCAGCAGGAGGCGCUAGCACUUUCUCAGCAAAGAGCACUCUGCUUCCUACAGGCAGCCUCCUCUGAAUGCCCCUCGGGACUCAUGUUCCCUGGGGUCGAUCACAGUACGGAUCUGCCGUGUGUGGCUCAUGGGCCCAGGCUCUGAGCCGGACGCCAGCUUGAACCCCGGCCCGUGUCAGGAACCCCCACCCCGCGGGAGGCCCCCGGUGCCCGGUCACGCGAGCACGUCACGGAAUUCACAUCAAAGCCAAAGUUCCCUGAGCACUUUUUCUUUUGGCAAUCUUGUUUGGUUGGUUGUGGGUGUUUUUCACUCCCCCCCCCCGCCCCCCUCCACCUGGUCCCGCUCUCGUGUUUUGCAGCCGAGCGUUCCUCUGUAUGUGUUUUGAGUGACGUUAGCGAGAGCCGCUUUUCCCAGCCUCUGCUGUGUUUUAUUUAUUGUUGAACA